AUGUCCACCAUUUCAUCUAACAAGCAAGCAACACCGGCGAAUGUAAAUGUUGAUGAUGAUGCUGGUUCAGAUAUAACAGCUGGCCGAAUUGAUUUACACGAGCUGCCUAUGGAAACAAAUGAAUCUGUGAUGUUUCAACAUGAAAAUACGCAGCAGAAAGAUAAUAGUUAUCCUAAUAAAACAUUAACAAAGAAUACAGAGGAUUCUCAGCUUAAACAUGACGACAAUACUAUCGUUAACAUAGACAGUAUAAAUAAUCGGAGUCCUAACCACUUGGAAGUACCGCACACACCUGAUGAGCAAUCACCAAAUAAAAGAUCAAAACAAAGUGCAAAUUCCCGUUCCACUUCACCGGCAGAGACACCUUCAAGCUCCCGCUCUCCAUCAGCAGGAUGGCUCAAUCCACAACGCAAUAUGUCAUCCGGUAAAAUUGUGCAACCAGAUCAAUUGGACUUACAAUAUCCAAAUCAUGAUUACACUGAGAAUGAUACAUACAAACGCAUUGCUGGUUCAAUGAUGGGUAUGGCCAUUGGCGAUGCUCUUGGUGCGCAUGUUGAAUUUAGACCACGUAGUUAUCUUGAAAAAUACCCAGUCGAAAAUUUACAGGGUGGCGGUACAUGGGGUCUAGAGGCUGGCCAAUGGACUGAUGAUACAUCGAUGGCACUUUGCUUAGCCAUUAGUCUAAUUCUUAAAGGAGAUCAUGACGCAUAUGACCAACUUGUCCGAUAUAAAUGGUGGUGGAAGAGAGGGUAUAUGUCAUCAACAGGUCAGUGUUUUGAUAUUGGCAAUGCAACUAGUGAAUCAUUACAAAACUUUAUCAGUAAACAAAGAGAGUUUGGAAAAACACAUCAAAUAUCCUAUGAACAAAUGGAUUCAUUAAGUGCUGAAAACUUAGAACGAUUUGCUGAUGAACAGUCAACAUCUUGUAGCCGUGAAGGCGUUGCCGGCAAUGGUGCAUUAAUGCGUUUAGCCCCGAUACCGUUGUUUUUCUAUCAUUCUCCCUAUCAUGCUGUUCUUAAUGCUGGCGAAUCAGCUAUUCUCACUCAUGGAGAUGAUCGUGCUAGAGAUGCUUGUCGCUAUUAUGCUGCAUUAAUAGUCGGUGCACUACAAGGCUAUGCAAAAGCUGAUUUAUUAGAUAAGGAGUUUUAUCCCAAUCGUAAGAAGGAAAAGUGGUUUGGUGAGGGCGACGAAGCUGAAUUACAUUCAGACAUUCAAAAGAUAGCUGGAGGUUCAUUUAAAAGAAAAGGCGGCUAUGCAGAUGGUAUUCGAGGGAAAGGGUAUAUUGUUCCAGCGUUAGAAGCUGCACUAUGGGCCUUUUGGUGCGAUGAGGAUUCCUUUGAAAAAGGUGCGUUACAAGCAGUUAAUUUGGGAGAUGACACAGACACAACUGCUGCUAUCUAUGGUCAGCUGGCUGGAGCGUAUUACAACAUAGAUAACCUUCCAGAAAAAUGGUCAAAAAAAGUACAUGCCGACGACUUCAUAUUAUGUUUAAGUGUGUGGUUAAUACAUGAAGGAGACAGAUGGUAUGAACACCUUUCUGAAAUGAAUAAAUCGAACUAG